AUCAACCUUUUCCGAUGGAUUGUCGAGGGACAUCCGUAGUUCUACGUUAUUAGGUUGUAUCCUUACAUGAACUUUUUCCUUCAAUGAAAAAGAAAGGGAGAUCCCUCCAUGAAUGAUAGUUGCCAGUUGAGAUUGGAUUGAAUUAGACCCAUCUUGGCCCUCACUACCUACCCCACACCCACUCGUGUGUGAGCUUUUGGACCAGGGGCCGUUGCAUACUUAUGAUAGACUAAACAGGAGAAAGAAGACUUUUUCGAAAGGGGGGACCCAAAAUUCUUGGUACGUAACCUCACAUGCGUGCACAGCCCGGAUCCUUAGGGCACAUGGGUCCAAGAGAAAUGGGGCUUUCUGAUCUCAGGUGGGCCAAAUCAUGGAAAAAAGGGCAGUGGAUAAUGAUGGAUAUGGUUUGUUGCUUGGAAGAGGGAAAAGCCACUAACUAAUAAGCAUUAAUUUCUCACUCCUUUUCUCUCUUUCUUUUUGCUUAUUAUACACCAUGGCUCUUUGACAGUGAUUGUCAUCAAGAAGAUAUGUGCAAUUGUGCAUUCCUCUUGAUUAGUGAUCUGGCCCUGCAAAUUGAUGGUGUUUGAGAUCUGGGGUUUUUGCUAGAGGGAUGGAGAAUUCAGUAGAAAAUUAGUGGGAUAGGGGAUUCUGGGGUUUUUUUGAUAGAGUCGAGGAGGAUUCAGUUGAUAAGGGAUCUGGGUUUUCUGCUAGAGGAAUGGAGGGUUCAGUUUAUUGUCACUAUUGGUUUUGACAGGGUGAAUCGGUCCCAACUUCCCAUAAGAUGUCCUGGAGACUAUAUGGUUUGCAUUUGGAAACAUUAUCAUACUGCUUUUUGUGAACCAUGGAAUGUGCAUGUUCUAGCAAGGACAUAUCAACCACCACCUCAAUUGUUGGGUUUGCCUCAAGUGACUAUGGCCUCAAUGAAAAACUAGCCAAUGAAAGGAAUUAUGAGGUUCAUGUGAAUGAUGUGAUAAACUCGAAAGGACUUUCUAUCUUGCCUUCUCCUAGCUCAUCCAUUGAUGAAUCUUCUUCUUGUCUUGCGGCUGUAUCUUCUUAUCUUGGUCAACGUUUCAGUAACUUUAUUGUCGAUACUGUGUAUAGAGAUCUCGGCAAAACCGGACAAGAACCUGCACCAGCACUUUCUGGACAGCAUGCAAGAACUUUAUGUAACGAGUAUGAAUCUAAGGCAGGCUGUUCAAUUUCUUCUGGAAUCAAUGGAUCCAGUAGGAGUAGCCCACCGGUCUCUGAGAGAACACAGAGUAAUCAUCGGUACUAUUCCUCUGUAAAUACAAAUGGUCAGAUUGUAGAAUCAACUCGUAACUUUUGGAGCGACCCUUCCAUUUUUCAAGGGUUGAUGUUCCCUUUUUUUGGAUUCAGAUUCGCUUGGAAAUUGGCAUUUGCCUGUUUGAAAUGCUCAUUUAUUCAUGUGAGACGGACCCACAAUCGAGUUCGAAGUCUCAUUUCUCGUGUUCAAAAGACAUUGCGCGGAUCUACUGAUGAUAUAGGGUGGUUGCAGCGCAUGGCAGGCAUGCCCCCAGUUGUGGAUGGUACUGAUCGAUUCAUGGAGUUGCUUGAUGGGAUUAGGAAUGGUGAACACAAGUUGCCAAAUUCAUUCGUUUAUUUGUUAAUUCCAGGCCUCUUCAGCAACCAUAGUCCACUGUACUUUGUGAACACCAAAAGGUUCUUCUCAAAGAUGGGUCUAGCUUGUCAUAUUGCAAAGAUCCACAGUGAGGCUUCAGUGGAACAUAAUGCCUUGGAAUUGAAACAAUACAUCGAGGAACUUUAUUGGGGAUCAGGCAAGCGCGUAUUAUUGUUAGGCCACAGCAAAGGUGGGGUUGAUGCAGCAGCUGCAUUAUCCCUUUACUGGUCUGAGUUGAAGGAUAAAGUUGCAGGGUUAGCUUUGGUCCAAAGCCCAUAUGGAGGCAGCCCAAUUGCGUCUGAUAUUUUGAGGGAAGGUCAAAUUGCCGAUGUAGAAACAAGACGGCUUAUGGAGCUUGUUAUAUGCAAAUUAAUCAAGGGUGAUAUGCAGGCACUAGAGGAUUUGACAUACGACAAGCGCAAGGAUUUCAUACUCAAACACACCCUCCCCACAGAUGUCCCCUUGGUCUCCUUCCACACUGAAGUGAGCAUUGCCCCCAGUGUUCUGGCCACCAUGUCCCAUAUCGCCCAUGCUGAACUCCCUUCGCUCCCCUUACCCUUACCAGGCUUGGGCCUGGGCUUCAACAAGAGAGAAGAGUUUGACGGCAGUUAUGAGGAGCCCAAGCCCAUGAAGAAGAGGCUCCCUGUUGUAAUACCUCUUGCUGCUGCCAUGGCAGCUAGCUCAUUGCAUUUGCAUCUGAGGUAUGGAGAGGCGAGCGACGGGCUGGUGACGCGGAGGGAUGCUGAGGUCCCGGGUUCGGUGGUGGUGAGGCCGGAGAGGAAGCUUGACCAUGCAUGGAUGGUGUAUUCAUCGUGGAGGAGGAAGAAGGAUGAGGGUUUGGAGGUGGAGGGAGGCUCAGAGGAGAUGUGUGAGGCUCUUUUAAGCUUGCUUGUGGAGAUUGGGCAAGGGUCUUUGAAUGGGUGAUUCUCUCUCUAUAAUAUAUGUAGUUUUCUCUCUCUGUUUCUCUUUCUCUAUCUAAAGUGAUCUGUAAUGCUUAUCAGAUUUGAAUGCAUCUGCGCUCGCACGUCGCUCUCUGAGUUAAUAUAAUGAAGAAAUAUGGCUCUAAGUUACUGUGAAAUGGUAUCAUCACAGUUAAAUACAUGAAAUUGUGAGAUAAAUGUGAAACUGAAAAGGUUUUGUUUUCCAUACAUCA